UUAAACUCUGGUGUGUCAGAAGUUGCACAAAAGAAAAUGAGCAGCGUUCGGGACCCACUUCUGGUUGUUGACGCUGGCAUGGGGAAGGAUCGGAGAAGAUUUUUGAUAGUUUCUGUGUUCGACUUAUGUUUGAUCACUAUAUUGUGGUUGAUAUGUACGGUCACUAAAGGAAGCGACUGGCCGUCCAUUUUCUUUCAAGAGAUAAACAUAUUUGAACCGCAGUUUUUGAAGGUCUCAAUGUUCGAUAUUGUUAUAAUAGCUGUAUUGCGGGUUUUCAUUCUUGCUUUUUGCUAUGCCCUUCUAUUAGUAGACCACUGGAUCCCAGUUGCUCUUACAACUCUAAUUACGACUGUGUUUUUGGUUGUCAAGGUGCUAUUUUUCUUUUCUCACAAUCCAAGUGGCCUUCCUCAAUACUUGAUGGUUAUAAGUUCGUUAAUAACAGCCUGGUUUGAAUUAUGGUUAGUGCCAUUCCGGGUUUUGCCCCGGGAACGCCGCCAGCUAAUUGUUCCGAUCGAAACUCCAUCUAAUAUUGAGCCAGCUAGGGGGAGGGUUAUGACUGAUGACGAAUUUCGUUCUGCAAUGGAAUUUUCCUCUGGUUCCGACUCGGAAGAUGAAAAAGUUCCCAGGCUUUCAAGCGGUCAGGUCUAUUCGGAAGCGCAGUAUAUUGAAGCUGUCGAGGAGGCUAAAAAAGCUGUUACUGAAGCAGUAAACGACGUGCAGAAUUGGAAAGUUAUUUCAACGAACAAAGCUGAAAUUCGUUUUUGUGAAAAAAAACGACUCUACUAUCUUAGAUUUGAAACAAGGUGCUCUCCGCAACAGCUUUUCAAAGCUGUUUGGAAAGAUAACGUUCUGUGGAACAAGCAAGUGUCAGAGUUCAGGGUUAUUAUGCAUAUCGAUCAGUCAACCGAACUGUGUCACACGAUUACUGUUCCCGCACUGCGUCGCUAUAUUGCGCCGAGAGAUUUUCUUGACGUACGUCGUUGUUACUGUUACCCGGACAGAGGGCUGUUUGAGGGUUUUUUGGUAUCUGUAGAUUCUUCAAUACUUCCUGCAAAUUCUAACAGGAAAGUGGUUCGAGGCUUCAAUGGUCCUAGCAUGAUGAGAGUCUCAAAGUCAGAAGUUGACCAUUCAGUUUCAGUAUACGAGUGGGUCAUGAGUACAGAUUUAAAAGGCGAUAUUCCUCGUCGUCUCGUUGAAAGAGGGACUGGUUCCUUCCUUGUAGAAUAUGCUGGAAACUUGUACAAUUAUAUAAACGACAAUAUGUUGGAAUCCGUUUCUUCACAUGCUUUGGUACAUAUCAAUAUUGAGCAAACGGAGGAGGAGGAUACGGUCGUGGAGUGCACCCUCUUGGAAGUGUUGGAUUAG